AAUUAUUAUAAAAUGGCAAGCUAAAAACACCUCUCUCUCUCUCUCUCUGAGUCGCUUUCCCUCCCUCUCUCCUCACCUUUCCUUUUUCUCUCUAUUCUCUUCUGAAGCAGCUCCCUAAGAAACCUAGGCCGCAGUCGCCGCCAUUGGCAGGUCGCUUGCUUUUCCUUCCCUUAUCCUUUUUUUUUUUUUGUCAUACAUCUCAUCAGGUAUACGAACUAGGCACCGAGACAAAAGUGGGUGUCCUCAGCAACGCCCUCUCUAUAACUCAAAGAAAAAGCAUAAGGUGGGUUGAGUUUUGGUGUCGUCUCUUUGUUGGUUUUAAGAGAGAGUAUGGGGGACUCAGUUGGGUUUCGUUUUGUUUACAGUAUGAAUGAAUCUUUUACAGAUUAGGAUCUUUUUUAGGUGGUUUUUUAGGACUCUAUCUUGGGCUACAGCAAUGGCGGAUAAAGACCCAGAUUGCUGUUUCCAGAAACUGCCCUCUGUAACUCAGGUGGUGGAAGAGCUGAAUGAGCUAUGGAGCAUGGCCUUGCCCAUAACAGCCAUGAACUGCCUGGUCUACGUCAGAGCUGCUGUGUCGGUUCUCUUCCUGGGAAGGCUCGGAAGACUGGAGCUGGCCGGGGGCGCCCUUUCCAUCGGAUUCACCAACAUCACCGGCUACUCCGUACUGGUGGGCCUGGCUUCGGGGCUGGAACCAGUGUGCAGCCAGGCCUACGGCAGUAAAAACUGGGAACUGCUGUCGCUGUCGCUGGUGCGGAUGGUUCUGAUUCUGGGAGUGGCAAUCAUUCCCAUAAGCUUCCUGUGGGUGAAUUUGGAUAGGGUGAUGGUGGCGAUGGGGCAGGACAAGGAGAUAACGGCAAUGGCAGCGAGAUAUUGUCUGUACUCGCUUCCGGACCUGGCGACGAACACGUUGCUGCAGCCGCUGAGGGUGUACCUGAGGUCGCAAAGGGUGACGAAGCCGAUGAUGUACUGCUCGCUGGUGGCAGUGGCACUGCACGUGCCGCUGAAUGCGGUGAUGGUGGAGGUGAUGGGGCUGGGGGUGGAGGGGGUGGCGAUGGCGUCGGUGGUGACAAACCUGAAUAUGGUGGUGCUGAUGGCGGGGUACGUGUACGUGAGAGGGGGGUGGGAGGUGAAAUGGAGGGUUGGGAUAGGCGGGGUGUGUGGUGGGGUGGGCCCACUCCUGAAACUGGCAGUGCCCAGCUGUAUCGGGAUAUGUUUGGAGUGGUGGUGGUACGAGAUCGUCACCGUCCUUGCUGGGUACUUGCCGAAUCCCACACUCGCUGUGGCCGCCACUGGGAUUCUCAUUCAGACCACUUCCUUCAUGUACACUGUCCCCAUGGCUCUUGCUGGCUGUGUGUCUGCCAGAGUAGGGAAUGAGCUGGGAGGCGGGAAGCCGAACAGGGCGAAGCUGGCAGCCAUGGUGGCAUUGGGAUGCGCGUUCCUGAUCGGGAUCAUCAACGUCAUAUGGACGGUGAUCUUUAGGGAAAAGUGGGCAGGGGUGUUCACAAAGGAUGAAAUGGUCAAGGCCUUGGUCGCAUCAGUCAUGCCGCUGAUGGGGGUGUGCGAGCUCGGAAACUGCCCCCAGACCACCGGCUGCGGCAUCCUGCGCGGCACGGCCAGGCCGGCCGUGGGCGCCCGCAUCAACCUGGGCUCCUUUUACUUUGUUGGCACCCCGGUGGCCGUUGGCCUGGCCUUCUGGCUCAAGGUGGGCUUCAGUGGGCUCUGGUAUGGGCUCCUCUCAGCCCAGGUGGCCUGCGCCAUUUGGAUUCUCUACGUCGUCCUGAUGCGUACGGACUGGGAAGCCGAGGCUACCAAAGCCAAGAAGCUCACAAGCUUGGAAAUGGCCACGUCUUGUGAUGGGGUAGUCAGAAAUGAGGAACAGGAAGAGGGUGAUGAUAAUGAGAGCAGAGGGUUGUUGCUGAGUGAGGGUGAUAUCUUGUAGGGGGUGAUGAUGUAUUUAUGUUUUUAUUUUUUAUUUUCCUUUUUUUGGAAGUAUUUCCUUUGGGUUUUCUUUCUUUUUUUUCUGUCGUUUUCUUUUCUUUGUUUCGUGGUAGGAGGGGGGCUGACCGACUAAAUGCACGAAGAAUGAAGUGAAGGAAUGUGAAAAUAUGUGGUGUAUAGAGGUGGGGGAUGGUUGUGGUUGAGGCGUUUGUUGCAGAGAAGAACAGAGAAUGUCACCCUCCAUACUAAGUAUUGCAGAAUUUAAGAAUCCAUGCCAUCCAUUUUGCAUCUUUCAAUUUUAAUAAAAUAUUGCCUUAUUUUUAUUUUUA